AUGCCGCCCAACGAUGCCUCGCUGAAUCAGGACCAGGGACGGUCUCUAUGGGUGGUGAAUAGCAUACUCAUUAGCCUGGCCACCCUGGCCGUCAUUGGUAGAUUCUAUGCAAGAAAGUUGAGAAAACUGGCAUUUGGCGCCGAUGACUGGACAAUUUUAAUUGCCCUGCUCCUACUAUGGGCGUUAUAUGGUUUGUUUGUUGCCUGCAGACAAUACGGACUCGGCAAACACAGGGCUGCGCUCCCAGAAGACCACAUCCCAAAGUUCCUGGACCUACUCUACUAUUUCCAAAUCGUCUAUAUUCUGGCCCCUCCGACCGUCAAGCUCUCGCUUCUGUUCCUCUACAGACGAAUCUUUGUAUCGACCAAGUUCAUUACCAUUGUGUACGUCGUGGGCGCAGUCGUCAGCCUGUGGGCGAUUAUCAUGACUUUCCUGGGGAUUUUUAACUGCACUCCGAUCCAUGCGUUCUGGACCGGGCAGGGGAAAUGUCUCCCUUUCAAGCAGUUUGCCAUUGGGUAUGCGGUCGUCAAUAUUAUCACAGAUCUGGCCGUCUGGCUUAUGCCGAUCCCCAUGAUGUGGAAACUGCAGCUCCCUUUAGGACGGAAAGUGGCUUUAACGUUGAUUUUUGCCCUUGGUCUCUUUGAUUGCGCCUCCGCGCUCAUCCGACUCAACUUAUCCAUGCUGGCUCUAGGGAACUGGGACGUCACCUACGACUACGCGCGUGGGUUCAUGUGGUCCAUCAUUGAAGUUUCCGUGGGCAUUGUCUGCACCUGUCUUCCGACUAUGCGGAUUAUUCUCAAGUCGGCUUUCAAUGGCCAUAUUGGCCGAUUUCUCAGAUUUUCCAGCUUGACGCCCAACCGCCAGAGCUCGGGAAGUAAGCCGUGGCUCCGAUCGACGGAAUACAAUGAGAUUCAGCCCUCGUGGCUGAUCCGCGACGGCGGCAGUCACCAGAACCAUAGCAACGUGACAACCUCCACCACGGUAGACCGAGACGAGCUACGACAUUCAUCACAUGGCAUUCAAGUUCUCGAGGAGGUCAAAAUCGAGCUUCAGCAGAUAGAGCCGGCGAGGGUCACCAAUAAAACCUGA